AUGACGGACCUUGACUUAAAAACGACUAUGUUAAGCGUCUUACCAAUAUUUUUCGCUCUAUUCUAUAUUUACUGUCGUUAUAGGCUGAGUUACUGGAGAAGGCGCGGGGUGAGAGAGGUACCAAAUGCGAAUUUACUGUUCGGCCAUUUUAAAAAUGGCUUCCUCUUUCGCACGGCACCCGGGUACCAUCUCGGCGAAGUAUACAAGCAGGCACCAAAAGACGCGCCAGUCGCCGGCUUCUACAUCUUCCACAAGCCGUGCCUCCUUCUAAAGGACCCUAAAAUCAUCAAGCAGAUCCUUAUAAGGGACUUCGACAAUUUCACUGACCGUCAUUUCGGGGGGCCAUGGCAGAAAGACAGCGUUGGCAUGAAGAACUUGUUUGGCUUGAAGAAUCCCGCUUGGAAGUAUUUAAGAAGCAAAGUUUCUCCACUUCUCACGAAGACGAAACUCAAACAAAUAUUGCCGUUCAUGAUGGAAACUGGACAGCCGAUGAUGGAGUAUCUUGACAAAGAAGUUAAAGAUAAUGGCAAAGUUGUGGAUGUACAGGACGUUAAUUAUAUUUACACUGCUGAUCUCAUCGCUAAUAUAGUAUUGGGUACCAAGACUAACACUUUCAAGAAUCCCAACUCGGAUUUCUAUAAAUUCUUUAUGGAUUUCUUCAGAGGCUUCAAGCGGAUGGUCGCACUGGUUAUUGUGUUUUUCAUGCCGGAGUUAGUCAAAGUCAUUGGAAACCCGGUUUUCGUCAAUUCGAAAUAUGUACAGAAAUUAUUCUGGAGCACGAUUGAAGAGCGCGAAAAAAGCGGGGUCAAAAGAGGAGAUUUUAUCGAUUCGAUUAUUCAACUUAAGAAUUCGGAACAGAAUAGUCUUUACAAAUUCGAAGGCGAAAACCUGAUGUUUCAAAUCGGCCAGUUCUUUUCCGGUUUCGAAUCGAGUUCAAUAGCCGUUGCGUUUACCCUGAUGCAGUUGGCCAAACAGAAGCCAUUGCAGGAUCGGGCAAGGGAAGACAUCAAGCAGGCCAUAGAUAAGCACGGCUGGACGAUAGAAGCCUUCAACGAGAUGAAGUACAUAGACCAGUGUGUGGCUGAGGGCGUGAGGUUGCAUCCAGCGGUGUCGACCAUAGACAGAUAUACUAAGGAGGAUUAUAAGAUCCCCGACACCGACAUAGUGAUAGAGAAAGGGACACCUAUCUUCAUCUCGCUCUACGGCCUCCACAACGACCCGCAAUUCUUCGAGAACCCCACACUCUUCGACCCCGAGAGAUUCGCCGAAGGGAAGAAGGUGUCAGACGCCAAUAUACCCUUUGGUAUCGGACCCCGCAUGUGUGUAGGUAUGAAGGUCGGUCAGCUCCACGUGAAGGUGAUCCUGGCACUCAUCCUGUCGCAGUACGAGCUUCACCAGGAACCCCAUGUGGUGACGGAGCUGGACUCCCGAGCCACCCUCACCGCGGCCGCCGACGGCAUCAAUCUACAGCUGAGGAGACUAGCUGAGUCCCUGGUUAAUUAAUGAUAGGGGGUCUGAGGAUGUGUAAGGGAGGGGGGAUGAAUUAUCGCAAAAGGUGCAAAAACCGGCCAAGUGUAAAUCCGAUUCUUUUCACCUUCUCCUUGACAGUUCUGCUUUACUACAGAGAAGGAAGAGGCACCUUGGUCGCCACGAUUACUCAUGAUCCACGGAGGAAAUUUGUGGCACCAAUCCCAACCAUAUGGUUCAAUUUAUAAGCAGCAUUGGGUUGGGGACGUUACUCUAAUGAAAAGGAGUCACAACAGAUCCUCAAGGGUCGCAGUGAUCGCUAAAAUUUUUAUGGCGAGACAA